AUGUUCUCUCCCACCUUCAUCGACUCCCAACCCAACGCAUCCAUUCCACCUUCCGAUUCUGUUGCCAUGACUUCCCAUAGUCCCCAUGGUGUCAUUCCCUUCAAUAGUGGCGGCAAUGACAGCCACCGCGACAAGAAUGGAAAGAGACCCCUGUCGACGCACUUCCCUCUGCCCUUCACCCCAUCCAUGACUCCCAUUAUUUACCCAACUACCACUAAUGGACCCAACGAUAAGGGAGAAGAUAACAAGCCGGAUAUGGACAAGGGCAAGGCAGUUGACGACAAAGAAACCCCCCAGCCUGAGCCGUUUCGGAUGCCGGACAACAGAACCGCCUUCCUCUGUCCCCACGGCCUGCACAUCUCCGAUACCAUUGCCGUCCAUGAUUCUGGCCUCAGCGAAGGACAUUCAGACUAUCACUACCUUCAGACCCGUUGUCUUGUCUGUGAUGUUAUGCGCGAGUAUCACCCUUACCAGCCUCAGACUGCCGAUCCAAUCGUUGGAGAGCAGUGGAUUCGUUACAUGGACUACAUCUGUGGUGUUCGCAACGACCGCAUUAUGGGUCAAGUUGGUGCUGCUGGGGAUGUCGCCGACAGAUGUGUCAGUCUCGCUGGGGACCUGCUCGCCCAGCAGGAGAAGUUGCUUGCCGAUAUCAGGAAGAUGAGCGAUGCCGCAGUCCCCCACGCCGAUGAUGAAGACGACGAGUUCGUGACUGACACUAGUGAGGCGCUCACUGAGGAAAAGAAGGAGGAGAAGAAGAAAAGCUUCAAGAAAGCUGUCCAAACCAAGAUUCAUGUUGAUGAAGAGGCUGCCAAGAGCGAUUUUAGCGAGGAUGGUAUCAGUGCCGCUGUUAGAACUGCUGUGGAGAGAAUGGCUUGGAUGGAUGACGAGACCCUCCAGAUGGCUUUCAAGCAUUGUAUCGACGAUGAGAAGAAGAAGGAGAUUGUGCUGAGUCCCGUUAUUGCUGAGAGACAGCGCAUUGCUGAUGAGAAGAAGAUUGUCGACGAGAACAAUGUUCUCAAGAAGCGUCAUGACCGGAAGAAGAAGCAGACUGGUAUCAUGGAUACCAUUCUUAAGAAGAGAUGUGAGGACGCAAAGAAAGACGCAGAGGACAAGAGAAUGGCUGAGGUUAUGAAUGCUUUUCUUGACCAGAGUAUUGCCGACCAGAAGGCUGAGAAGAUUCGUGUCAAGAAGAAGGCUGGCAAGAAGAAGCAGGCUGGAAUCAGCGAUACCAACGACGACAACAAGCCUGAUCCCAAGGAGUCCGGCGAGAACAAGCCGUAUGUCAGAAAGUUCCCCAAGCCGACCGGCACCGUCCCACGCUCAGGUGCGCGCACUGUCAUCAUCGCUGGUAACUCUGGCCGUAAGAGCAUAUUCGAGUUCGGAACUCGCCCAUCCAAGUAA